GCACCGUUGUUCCCACCCCUCUGUGGGGCUCGACCCGGGUAACCGUCAGCGCCCGGGGGCCGCUUGGCCCCUCGCCAGCAACUGGGACAGAGCUAGUCUGUGUUCACACCUCGUUUACAAAAUUGAUCCGGCUCUGAAGGCCUGGAGGGGCGAGUCCGGUUGCGCUUCGGAGAGCGCAACAGGCAGAAUCUGUUCCUGUUGAAGAGUGGAUCUUCUGAUUCCCAGCUCCUUGAGGCUUUAGAAGUCCAGUAGGUCAAGUUCUCUACCUCUAAGGAGAAGCAGUGCCUGCUCUUUCAUCAAGAGCUAGCCCUCCUUUGCUAUGGAUACCGAAUCUACAUAUUCUGGAUAUUCUUAUUAUUCAGGUCAUUCGAAAAAAUCUCACAGACAAGGGGAGAGAAAUAGAGAGAGACACAAAUCACCCCGGAGUAAAGAUGGCAGAGGGUCAGAAAAAUCUGUCACGAUCCAAGCUCCCACCGGAGAGCCCCUGUUGGCAAAUGAUUCUACUCGGACAGAGGAAGUUCAGGAUGACAACUGGGGAGAGACCACCACGGCCAUCACAGGCACCUCGGAGCACAGCAUAUCCCAAGAGGACAUUGCCAGGAUCAGCAAGGACAUGGAGGACAGUGUGGGGCUGGACUGCAGGCGCUACCUGGGCAUCACAGUGGCCUCGGUUCUUGGACUUCUAGUUUUCCUCACCCCCAUUGCCUUCAUCCUGUUACCCCCGAUCCUGUGGAGGGAAGAGCUGGAGCCUUGCGGCACAAUUUGUGAGGGACUCUUUAUUUCAGUGACAUUCAAACUCCUCAUUCUGCUCAUCGGGACCUGGGCACUUUUUUUCCGCAAGCCAAGAGCCGACGUGCCACGGGUGUUUGUGUUCCGUGCCCUUUUGUUGGUCCUCAUCUUUCUUUUUGUGGUUUCCUAUUGGCUUUUUUACGGGGUCCGCAUUUUGGACUCUCGGGACCGAAACUACCAGGGCAUCGUGCAAUACGCAGUCUCCCUCGUGGACGCCCUCCUCUUCAUCCAUUACCUGGCCAUCGUCCUGCUGGAGCUCAGACAGCUGCAGCCCAUGUUCACGCUGCAGGUAGUCCGCUCCACCGAUGGCGAGUCACGCUUUUACAGCUUGGGACACCUGAGUAUCCAGCGAGCAGCAUUGGUUGUCCUGGAAAAUUACUACAAAGACUUCACCAUCUAUAACCCCAAUCUUCUAACAGCCUCCAAAUUCCGUGCAGCCAAGCACAUGGCUGGACUGAAAGUCUACAACGUGGAUGGCCCCAGUAACAAUGCCACUGGGCAGUCCCGGGCAAUGAUCGCUGCUGCUGCUCGGCGCAGGGACUCAAGCCACAACGAGUUGUAUUACGAAGAAGCAGAACAUGAGCGCCGGGUUAAAAAGCGGAGAGCAAGGCUGGCAGUUGCUGUAGAAGAGGCCUUCAUCCACAUCCAGCGUCUCCAGGCCGAGGAGCAACAGAAAGCCCCAGGGGAGGUGAUGGACCCCAGGGAGGCCGCCCAGGCCAUCUUCCCCUCCAUGGCCAGGGCCUUGCAGAAGUACCUGCGCACCACCCGGCAGCAGCACUACCACAGCAUGGAGAGCAUCCUGCAGCACCUGGCCUUCUGCAUCACCAACAACAUGACCCCAAAGGCCUUCCUCGAACGUUACCUCAGCACGGGCCCCACCCUGCAGUACGACAAGGACCGCUGGCUGUCUAUGCAGUGGAGACUUGUCAGUGACGAGGCAGUGACUAACGGAUUAAGGGAUGGAGUCGUUUUCGUCCUUAAAUGCUUGGACUUCAGCCUCGUGGUCAAUGUGAAGAAAAUUCCAUUCAUUGUACUCUCUGAAGAGUUCAUAGAUCCCAAAUCGCAUAAAUUUGUCCUUCGCUUACAAUCUGAGACAUCAGUUUAAAAGUUCUAUAUUGUGGCUUUAUAUAUAUAUAUAUAAAAGAAUCUAUAGAGAUAUAUGUGUAUAUCAGAGGGGUGUCUUUUUUUUUUUAUUCCUUACUGACUGAAACUGGCAGGUGAUAGACCAGUACCCUUUGACCAUCUGCACUUUAUUUGGAAGGAAGCAGGGGACGUCUGCCCUGAAAAUGACUUACGACGUCUGACUCUUGUAGAUGGGACUUCUUGAGAAGCUGUUCCUGGAGUUUCUUUGACAGCUGUAAACCAAAUCGGAGUUGGUGCAUUCUUGGGAACCUUGCCUUACAACUAGUCCCUGACUUUCUUCCAUUACCACAUCCUCCCGUUGCUUCUGUUUGACCCACCCAUAGACUUCGAGGGGACUCGGCUUCAUUGUAUCAGGAAACCAGACACUACAUGCCUUCAUGUGUAUUUGUGCGUGUAAACGUCAAGCAUCACAUCAUCCUUACAGAGCCAUGGGCAAAGUUCAGGAAAUACCUUCAUUCAUCUUUCUUCAUUGUUGCCUAGGUUCUUCAGAGGAAUGUCACGACCAAAAAAAAAAAAAAGUGUACUAUCAGUUUACUGAUAGUGAUUUGAUUUGAUUAUAUCACUAAUAUGUAAUAUAUAUAUUCUCUUCUCCAAAGAGGAAACCUCCUUGCCCUGCUCCUUACCCCACUUCCCUAAGGCUUGAAGCAAGUGGCCCUUCCCUAACCUUGAGACAGUCCACCACACCCCUGCUCCGUCCCACCCUCCCUCACGCACACACUCCACACACCCCCACCCCCACCUUUCUGGCAGCUGCGAACAUGAAACCGUCUUUCAGAGCUGCUUGGACCUGGCUUGCUAUUUGUACCUUGAGCACUUUGCACCAAUGGAUUGUUUCCACAAGGGAAGCUAAGGAGUGCUCACCAGGUAGAUCCCAGUGACAGCAACCCAGCAGGAAUGCCAGUUCUAGGCUGAGGCAGGAGCUCCACCCCUCCCAAACCUCCUCAGUGCUCUGCACCAACCAGGGUGAAAAGACUAACACUGUGAUUGGCAGGUGCAGCUUAGUGCUGUCUUAUUUCCCGGGGAGAUAAAUUCUCACAAAGCUUUAUCCCAAGCUGCCCUGCCAAGAGAGACCAAGCAGUGCCUACCACGUGGCAACUACUUAUGUCCGGUCUCUGUAUUUUCUGACCAACAUCACUGUGCAACUCAUAACCUCUCCCAGUUACCACCAGUGAAGGACUUGUUUAGCCCCCGAUGUUGAAAAAUCACUUUCAGUAGUUGGUAAAGCAGGGAGAAAAAAAACAGAUGUCCAAGUUGUAGUGUUUGAAGAAGGAAAUGUAGGGAGCCAAUCUUUUGGUCCAAAAUUAUCCACAUAGGAUCUGUUUCUUAAACACCCUGGUUUCAGUGGACUUUCCCCUGGUGCUGGGGGCACAGAUGUCGCCCAGGUUGUGGGCAGAGAGGCCGUCCUGCUGGAGCCCUGCUGCAGGGGGCUGCUUUCAGAGCCUCCGUCUGCCCUCCCAUAUCCACCACAAACCUCUAGAAAGUAUUCACAGUCUUGCUUUUGCCAGAUAUUAAGAUAAUCAAUUACCUUGCUUUAGUAAAGGGUGACACCUUCAAAAUGCUGUGUGUGUGUGUGUGUGUGUGUGUGUGUGUGUGUACCCUUACUGUUUUGUGCAUUCUGGAAGUGGGACAGUAUUUUGUAUACCACUUUUUAAGUCAAAAUUGGCUCUGGAUAUCUGUCAUACACCUGUACCUGAAAAAGUAAACAGUGUUCUUGAAUCAGCAGCCUUCAGCUCUAAAAGGAGAAAGCAGUGGCUAUGGCAUGGAGCCAAGAUGUACCACUGACAUGGUUCCAUUUAUGAAAACGCAUGCCAUCUAGCCAUGGUGUUUUUGUUCUUAGUUUUUGCCUUUAGGUCCCUUCAAACUCGAAAUCCCUGAUGAUGAUGUCUUUCUCAGGAAAUACAUUUGGGUUGAUGGGGUAGAAGAUGGUAAAUGCAUAUGAGACUUUGGCUGCAUAAAGAUUUUAAUGUCCCGGACUAUAGAAUGUGUCGUUAGCUGCAAUUGGAAGUGCCAUAAAUGUAUAUACAUGCAGUUAAUAAUGACACUAUUGUUCAGUAUUCUAAAGUACUGUACUUCCAUCCCUGUCUGAAAUUACAGUCCGGAAGGAGUUAAGUUGGGUUCAUUUGCUUUCACUGCUGACAUGUGCAUUCCCAGCAUGGUGAAGAAAGGUUUAAAUUAAGGGAUUUAUUUUCUCUCGUCCCCUCUCUCUCUUUCUCAGUGUUUGCAUAGAAGAAUGUCAGACUUUCUAAAAUUAUUGGUUUUAUUUUAAAUUGUUUCGAUUUUUUUUACACUGACUUUGUAUUGAGUCCUUUUUGAAAGAAUAACAAAAUAAAAUGCAGGAUCUUUUUAA